AUGGCCGAGUGCGGGAGCUACAAAGCCACCAACGCUCUGACUCCGACAGCUUUGUCCCCUCCGUGUCCCCAGCAGGAAGGGCAGCUCUGCCUCCUGCCCAUGCCACCCAUCCCCACCGGCCCUGCGCCCGUUCCCACCCAGGGACAUUGGAAGUCCCAAGAGGAAUGGUCAUAUAAGGGACGUGCCAUUAUUGCAAAUUUCGGCUUAUGCUUUCUUCAGAAGACCAAGAAUCCCAAGGAGGUCACACCGGGAAACCAAGCCCUCCGCGGAGCCGUCGCCUUUGAGCAAUCUCCAAAAGGGAGACCACCCGCCAGCAGUCAGCAGCCCUUCCAGGAUGCUCUGGUAAUUGCCCCGGCGAGGUCGCUCCUGUGGGCGUCCUUGUCCCGUCCCGUCCCGUCCCGUCCGAUUCCGUCCCUGGGGUCACCCCGGUUCGUUCCUCAGGUCCUGGGCGCCGAGAGGAGGUCGCGGGCGGCGGCCGUCCGGCCCGUCGACGAGGAGGUGUCCAGCGACUCCGAGCCGGAGAGCCCGUCGUUGGGACGGCGGCGGCGGCGGGAGGCGGCGGUAGAGGAGGAGGUGGAGGAGACGCCGCAGGAGAAGAAGCUGCGCCUGGCCAAGCUGUACCUGGAGGAGCUCCGCCGGCACGAGGAGGAGCGGGCGGCGGCAGAGGAGGAGGAGGAGGAGACGCAUCCGGCGGAUCUCAUCGGCGACCGGCUGAAGGAGGACGUGCUGGAGCAGAAGGGUCGGCUGCAGCGCCUGGUCGCCAAAGACGUGCAGCCUCCAGAUCCAGCCAGCAUUCGAGUGCUGCGGGGGCACCAGCUGCCCGUCACCUGCCUGGUCAUCUCUCCAGAUGACAGGUUCAUCUUUUCGGCUUCCAAGGACGGCUCCCUCAUCAAAUGGGAGGUGGAGAGCGGGAAGAGGCUGUGCGUGGUGCCUGGGGGGAAGAAGGGCACCGAGGAGCGGCACAUGGGGCACGCAUCCCACGUCCUCUGCAUGGCCAUCUCAUCGGAUGGCAAGUACCUGGCUACAGGAGACAGGAACAAGCUGAUCAUGGUCUGGGACACCGCCACCUGCAAGCGCCUGCACAUCUUCACUGGGCACCGCGAUGCCGUCUCGGGCCUGUCCUUCCAGAAGGGCACGCACCAGCUGUACAGUGCCUCCCAUGACCGCUGCGUCAAGGCCUGGAACGUGGCGGAGAACACAUACAUGGAGAUCCUGUUCGGGCACCAGGAUAUCAUCACAGGGCUGGACAGCCUGAGCCGGGAGUGCUGUGUGACGGCGGGGGGACGGGACGGCACCGUGCGGCUCUGGAAGAUCCCCGAGGAGUCACAGCUCGUGUUUUAUGGGCACCAGGGCUCCAUUGAUUGUAUCCAGCUCAUCAACGAGGAGCACAUGGUGUCGGGUGCCGAUGACGGGUCUGUAGCCCUGUGGGGGCUGGCGAAGAAGAAGCCGCUGGCGCUGGCCCGGCAGGCGCACGGCAUGCAGGACGCCCAGGGCCUGCAGCAGCCGUACUGGAUCUCAGCGGUGGCUGCCCUGCGCAACAGUGACCUCCUGGCUACAGGCUCCCACAGUGCUAGCGUGAAGCUCUGGAAGUGCAGUGAGGGAUUUCGGAAGCUGGAGCCCCUCUGGGCUAUCCCGUUGGUGGGUUUUGUCAACAGCCUCGAGUUCUCGGCAGCCAGUGACUUCCUGGUGGCCGGCCUCGGGCAGGAGCACCGGCUUGGCCGGUGGUGGAGAAUCAAAGAAGCCAAAAACAGCAUCUGCACCAUCCCCCUGAAGCGGAGGGCUACAGCCCCCAGCUCCCAUGUCCCUGACAGCUCCUAGCCCGCUGGCCCCGGAGCCGCUGCACCUGGGUCAUGAAACCCUGGUCCCUGGUGCUGCGCCCCAUGUCCUUCGUGCAACCACCCUCCUGGGGCCGGCAGCGCCGGAGCGGGGGAUGGCGCGUGGCCCCCUGACCCUGCUGGCACCCAGAUCAUGCUGAGGGUCUG